UAUUACCGUAUCCUUACGACUCUAAAAUAGCUUGUUUAUUGUUUAAAAAUUACACCGCAUUAUUAUACAAAGCGUUAUAGGAUCAGUACAUUUCCCAAAUAUUAUAUACCAUAUCCAAAUCAAAAUAACAUAACCACUAUAUAACUAAGAAACCUGUAAUUGAAACUGUAUAUACAUUGCCGCUAUUCUUGCAACUAAAUAUCCGACCUCGCCCAUAUAAAACUACGAGUCGGACUGGACCGGUUAAAAACGCCUACAUUUGGUCAUUUUGCCCCAAGCGUGCUGCCCGGUAGAGCAAGCUGUCUUUAUUAUACUUUGCGCUGUUUAUAAUGAGAGCUGCAUUUACUGUAUAGUAACAGUAGCUGGAUAUUAAGUGUUAGUGAACGUUGGGCAGAGUUAUUUAUAAUAUGAAGUCGUCAGCAAAGAAUAAUUGGUACGGCGUAGUUAGAGCCGUCAACUCUGCGAAGACAUCUUUUCUCGGCACCCACGAAAAAGACAACGAAAAACAGCGAGCCCAAGAGGAAAACGAGACCAGAAAACAAGCCGCGAGGUGGCGCAAGAGACACCUUAGUCAAACUGGUUUCGAACCAUCUUCAUUUGGUCGUGUGAACCCAGCUUUUAACUCAAGUUCCGAGCUUACCAGGUUCGAUUUCCAGAACGAUAAGUUGGGGUACGACGAAGCGAAAUGUUGGGAGUAUUAUUAUAGCAAUACUUCAAUGGAUAAUUUGAAAGAUAGAGGAGAAUCAACCAAAGACUUGAACCCGGGAUCUUCAUGGUCUAUAGACCGCAUGACAGAGGACAGAAACCAUAACUUUGCAGUCGAUGAAACUUACCGAGGGAAUAACGGAACAAGCAAUGAUUAUGAAAGGCAUACAAAUGAACGAAGCAACAGCAUCUACGACCGCUUUGGUAUCCAACCUCAACACAUAGUUGACGAGCCUGCAGAUAUUUCCGAUGCUUCAAGCUGGCAUUCCGAUCUUUACCGAAUCUCUCCGAACACCCAGCGACGAUCAAUGAAGGAUACAUCACCCGCAAGAUGUCGCCGCGGAGCAGUUAUUGGCGGCCAGAAGGACAUAGCCGUUGCGCAUGAAAAACAUAAAAUGGCUCGUUUUGCCGAAGAAGCUUACCCCAACAAACGCCAAAGGGGAUUCCCCGGUGGCGGGGGCGGGUUUGGGGGUCCUGGGGGCCCCAAAGGACGUAAGGGGCGGGGCCAAGGUGGACCUUACAAAAUGACCCUUGCCCAACAAGCACGUACGAUGUCUUACUACAAUCCAAUCCCAAAACAACAGAACUGCAUUACUGCCAAUCGUUCGUUAUUCGUGUUUGGAGUUGAUAAUGUUGUGAGGAAGUUGGCGAAACGAAUCAUAGAGUGGCCUCCGUUUGAGUAUUUAAUCCUUGCUACGAUCGUUGCUAAUUGCAUUGUGCUCGCUCUCGAGGAACAUCUAGCGGCCGGAGAUAAAACACCAAGAACUAUACGUUUGGAAGGUACAGAGCCAUACUUUCUUGGUAUUUUCAUCGUCGAAGCUGCAGUUAAAAUAUUAGCAUUGGGAUUCGUAUUACAUAAAGACUCGUACUUACGUUACGGGUGGAAUAUAAUGGACUUUACCGUCGUAGUAACUGGGUGCGUUACGUACUUUGACACUUCUCUCGGCUCUGGUUUUCAGACGCUUAGAGCCGUUCGCGUACUGAGGCCACUUAAAUUAGUGUCUGGAAUUCCAAGUUUACAAGUCGUGUUGAAGUCUAUUAUGAAAGCCAUGGUACCAUUGCUACAAAUUGCCGUGCUUCUUCUGUUUUUCAUCGUUGUUUGCUCUAUCGUUGGUUUAGAGUUAUACAUGGGAAGGUUUCACAGGACCUGCUACAGUAACUCUACAAAUAAAAUUAUCCGAGACAACCAAAUAUGCAGUGAGGAUAAUUCUGCAAGUUAUGGGAAAUAUGUUUGUGAGAAUGGCUCCUAUUGUGGUGACUGGCCCCUUGGUCCCAACCAUGGAAUAACUACAUUUGAUAACAUUAUCUUCUCCAUGAUGACAGUGUUCCAAUGCAUUACAAUGGAAGGGUGGACCGAUAUCUUAUAUUUUGCUGUGGACAGUGACGGAUCCAAUAUAGUGAAUCUCAUAAUCACCCAUAUCUUAUUCUUCUCAAUAAUUACGCUUGGUUCAUUUGGCUUGUUAAACCUUGUGUUCGGCGCUUUAGCUGCUGAGUUUGCCAAAGAACGAGAGCGUGUGGAAAAUAGAAUGGCAUUUCUAAAGGUAAGGAAAAAACAGCAAAUGGACAGAGAACUGGAUGGUUACCUAGAAUGGAUGCAAAAAGCAGAAGAAGUAAUACUAGCUGAAGAAGACAGAACACUUGAAAAAUCUGCACAAGAAGCUCAUCGCAGGAAAGCAGCUUACCGAAAGAGCAAAGUGGAUUUAUUGGAUUCUGCAGAAAGUUCAUUCACAGAUAUUUCAGCCACUGUAAUAGGUAACAGCAAUCGUUUUACGCGUUCAAAUCCGAACACUAAACCAACCAAUACCUGCCUUGCCUGGCUUUCUCAUAAAGAAAAAAGAUUCAGGGUAAAAUGUCGCCAUUUGGUCAAAUCUCCUGUGUUUUAUUGGAUUGUGUUAUUCCUUGUGUUGCUGAACACAGCAUUCUUAUCAAGUGUUCAUUAUAAACAGCCUAAGUGGUGGGAAGAUUUUCUAUAUUACGCUGAGUUUGUUUUUCUUGGCUUAUUCUCUGGGGAGAUUCUAUUAAAAGUGUAUGGACUUGGACCAAGGACUUAUUUUCGUUCCUCAUUCAACAUUUUUGAUUUUGUGGUUAUCAUUGGUUCAAUAUUUGAAAUUAUUUGGUCGGUAAUACGACCUGAUGCUUCAUUUGGAAUCAGCGUACUUCGUGCUCUAAGAUUGUUACGAGUGUUCAAAUUCACAAGUGCUUGGUCUGGUUUACGAAACUUGGUCGUCUCCCUGAUGAGCUCCCUCAGAUCCAUCGUGAGUCUCAUCUUCCUCUUGUUUCUCUUCCUGGUUGUGUUUGCUCUUCUAGGGAUGCAGAUCUUUGGAGGCAGAUUCAGUUUCAAAGAUGGAAAACCGAAUUCCAAUUUUGACUCUUUUCCCAGCGCUAUUCUCACUGUAUUUCAGAUUUUAACUGGAGAAGAUUGGAACAUGGUAAUGUAUAAUGGUGUUGAAGCAAAAGGAGGAGUCAAAAAUGGUGGACUAUGGUGGUCUCUCUACUUUAUAUUCCUGGUUAUGUUUGGAAACUACACUUUGUUGAAUGUCUUUCUUGCUAUUGCCGUGGACAACCUUGCAAAUGCGCAAGAGCUGACAAAGGAUGAAGAAGAGGAAAAAGACAACAAAGAGGCUCAAAAAGCACUUCGAGUUGCGCGUGAAAUUGAAUCUGUUUCUCCUGGAUCAAUGGAAAACGUUCGGAUAAAGUUAAGCGACUCUUUCAAUAAAAACAACCUACAAAGGACAGCAUGGGAACGAAGGCAACACGAGUUCCGGAAACAAAGACGAACUUUACGAAUGAAGCGCGACCAGAAUGGUUUGGUAACCGAUGAUGACAGUGAUGAUGAUCUAUAUGUUCCCGGUGAACGGCGGAGCGGAAAAUACUUCGACAUUUCAAGUUUUAAUAAAGAUAAAGAGGGGAUCCAAGGAGCUGCUACAGCAAAUGGCAUCUCUUCACAACAUGGGUCUCCUACAAAACAAGUUGGUAACGAUGAUCAUAUCAUUGGACAAUCUAUUAUUGGUGGGGAAAGCAGGUUUCUGUCUCGUCAAAACAGUCUUCGUGUUCGAAAUACACCAAUGAGAGAGCUUGGUAUACUCCCAUCUAGUGGUGAAGUGGCAGAGAUCAAUCAGACAGAAAAUACUCGCGAAAAUUCAAUUAUGGCUGACACCCCUGUUGCAAUGGAGGAUGGAAAAGGAACAGUGCGCUCUAGUGGCGAGGUUGACGAGGAAGAAGAUAACGGACCUAAACCAGUGUUGCCGUAUAGUUCUAUGUUUAUAUUCAGUCCUACUAAUCCAAUACGACUUGCAUGUCAUUACAUUGUGAAUCUGAAAUACUUUGAGACGACCAUUUUAGUUAUCAUCAUUUUAAGCAGUUUAACUCUUGCUACUGAAGACCCAGUCACUAAAGACUCGCAAAGAAAUAAUGUUCUGAAAUAUUUCGAUUAUAUUUUCACAGCUGUCUUCACAUUUGAAAUGGUUAUGAAGAUGAUUGACUUGGGUCUUGUGCUUCACCCUGGCUCCUACUUCCAUAGUUUGUGGAAUAUUCUGGAUUUUGUUGUUGUGUGCAGUGCUCUGGUGGGAUUUGCCUUGACAGCAUCAAACAACCCCCAAUUAGAUCUCGGUGUGAUCAAAUCACUUCGUGUACUACGUGUCUUGAGGCCUCUAAAGACAAUCAAAAGACUUCCAAAGCUAAAAGCUGUAUUCAUGUGUGUGGUGAAUGCAUUCCGCAAUGUAGCCACCAUCCUUAUAGUUUACAUGCUAUUCAUGUUCAUAUUCGCUGUUAUUGCUGUGGAACUUUUCAAGGGGAAGUUCUUCUACUGCACUGAUCCUAUGAUUAACGUGGAAAGUGAAUGCAAGGGUAAAUUCUUCUACCAGUCUCCUGAAAGUGACAACAAAGAAGUGAGUGAACGACAAUGGUUACAACAUGACUUUCACUAUGAUAAUGUUCUUUAUUCGUUCCUCACAUUAUUUGUCAUUUCCACUGGGGAAGGAUGGCCAGAAGUCCUGUGGCAUUCCAUCGGAUCCACGUAUGAAGACAAAGGUCCAGAGCGUGGCUUCCGUAUGGAAGUGAGCAUCUUCUACAUCGUGUUCUUCGUUGUGUUCCCCUUCUUCUUUGUGAACAUCUUUGUUGCUUUUAUUAUCAUCACUUUUCAAGAAGAAGGAGACAAAGCAAUGUCAAAUUGCUCGCUGGAGAAAAAUGAGAGAGCUUGUGUGGACUUUGCUAUUUCUUCAAAACCCCUCACACGUUUCAUGCCUGAGGAUAAACAUAGUUUACAAUACCAUGUAUGGAAAGUAGUCGUGUCUCCGGUAUUUGAAUGGAUAAUCAUGGCUCUUAUUGUUCUUAACACAGUAGUGCUUAUGCUAAAGGACUAUUGGAGAAUCAAACAAUCACCUAAUUAUGAGAACAUACUUCAGUAUUGUAAUAUGGCAUUUACUGCUAUCUUCACCAUUGAAUGCAUUAUCAAGAUGGCAGCUUUCAAACCAAUUAAUUACUUCCGUGACUCUUGGAACAUAUUUGAUUUCAUCACUGUUGUUGGAAGCAUUGCUGAUGUCACCAUCACCCUCGUCGCUAUGAUACAGAAACUGUAUCUCCCACUUGACCAGCAGCAUGAUAUGUCCGGGUUUAUAAAUCUGAGCUUCUUACGUUUGUUCCGAGCUGCGAGAUUGAUUAAACUGCUCAGGCAAGGUGAAACUAUCAGGAUACUGCUUUGGACAUUUGUGCAAUCUAUAAAGGCUCUCCCAUAUGUUUGUCUUCUGAUUGCCAUGCUCUUCUUCAUUUACUCAAUCAUUGGAAUGCAACUGUUUGGGAAUAUCCAACUUGAUCCUAACAGUGCUAUCAACCAUCAUAAUAACUUCACACAUAUAUUUCAAGCUCUGAUGCUUCUGUUCAGAUGUGCGACAGGUGAAGCAUGGCAAAGUGUUAUGUUGGCUUGUGUAUCCGCUAACUGUGACCCAAGAGCUGGAAUUGAUAAGGAGAAUGGAUGUGGAUCAGUGAUCUCGUACAUCUACUUUACAAGCUUCAUAUUCUUCUGUUCGUUCCUAAUGUUGAACUUAUUUGUCGCUGUUAUUAUGGACAACUUUGAAUAUUUAACCCGAGAUUCUUCAAUACUUGGACCUCAUCAUCUCGACGAGUAUAUACGAGUAUGGGCAGAAUAUGACCCGCAAGCAUCUGGAUAUAUUAAAUACACUGAUAUGUUUACAAUGCUAAGACAUAUGGAACCUCCUUUAGGGUUUGGGAAGAAUUGUCCAUACAGAGUUGCUUAUCGGAGGUUGAUUCAAAUGAACAUGCCGAUCAAUGAAGAGAAGCAGGUCCACUUCACUACCACCCUACUUGCUCUAAUAAGAACAUCACUCAAGAUCAAGAUGCUUCCUCAAGAUGCAGCUGGUAUUGAUAAGACGUACAGAGACCAAUGGCAACUGGAUCAAGAACUACGCCAAGAGAUACGUCUUGCAUGGCCCAACUUGAAUGAAAAGAAAAUGAACUUACUACUGCCACCUGAAGGAGAAACUCAAUUCACUGUGGGCAAAGUUUACGGAGCCAUGCUGGUGUACGAGCACUGGAGGGCAUACAAGAGCCGCAGAGACGGGAAGAAUCCAACUCUUGGUCAGAGACCCAAUAUAUUCCCUCGCAUGGCAGCCCCAGCAACAAGUAGUAAUAAUACUGACCCACAGCUGGACAACCCUCCCAUUGGAGAUCCACUCAGCUCACAAGCUCUUAGUAUGGUCUCAAUUGUGUCUGCAGCUUCUGCUAAUGCUGGGGUCCAUCUACCAAAAGGGUGUAACUCUUUAUCCCCAUAUGGGUCACGAGACACAACUCCCUACUCCAGCCCAACCACUGAGCGACGAUCAAAGUUACAAGUCCCCCACCCAUACAAGCAGCUUGAACCGUUACGAAACAACGCUGCUACAUCACAAGUUGAGCCUGUUUACGCACAAUGUGUGGAUCAUGACAUCACACCUACAAUUGAUGACGUCACAGUAGCAUACCAAAGUGGUGGCUUCGAAACUAACGACUACAUGCAAUACACAACACCUGAAGAUUGCAUGGCAAACAACACAUACCGUACUACAACUCUAGCUGAUGAUGUCAUGACCCGUGAUGUCAUAUGUGAUGAUUUCACAGCCUCUUCACCAUUCAUACGCUCUAAUGACUAA